ACAUACCUAACCAUUCGCCUUCCAACCACCAUUUCUUUGAAGUGGGGAAGGGACAUCGUAUCUUCACCCUUCGCCAAAAUAAGGCUGCUAGUGACGAGAGACUAACCUGGGAUUUGUAUCUCAAAGCCAUCCUGUCGGUCGAGAUCAAAGACCUAUUAUAGGCUUGUCAACUCACCCACAAUCUUUCUCCUCGCAAGAAAUCUAGCUCAAGUUCAAAAGUUGCUCUCGCAGCACAUACACACUUCGUGAUCUGAAUUAGUCAAGAGCAGAAUGAACAAUCCCGAAUCAACUUCCAUGUUUAGGCCGCGCAUUCAGCGUUACUACGACGAAUCGCCGAGGAUUGAGGAGGCUGAGGUAUUGCCCUGCCAGAUCAUAGUUCUCCACAAUCGCCUCAAUGUAAACGAUGUUGUGCACAUCCCUGGCGGACAGCGCAUCAUAGCCGGCUCAAACGAUGGCUCGAUCCGACAAUGGGACCUAGAGAACGGCUCAGAGAUAGGCGACAGGUGGCAAGUUGAAGGAACCUACAUGUCAGUGACAAGCAUAGCAUUGUCCCCAAAUGGCAUUACUCUUGCAAGCGGGUACGAAGAUGGGACGGUGAGGUUAUUAGACGUUGGAACGUGGAAGGUCAUCGUCAAAUGGACAGGUCACACUAAAAAAGUAAGGUCGAUGUGCUGGAGUCCAGAUGGUGAACGAGUGGUGAGCGGAUCCGACGACGGGACAGCACGAGUGUGGUAUAGCCAGAGCGGGGAACCCGUACUGGGUCUCAAUCCAAUGAUCAAUGCGGAAUAUAAUACUGUAUGGGCAGUUGCAUAUUCACCCGAUGGGACGAAGAUUGCGGCGGGCGGACAAGAGAAGAACGCAUUAAAAAUUUGGGAUGCUAGGACGGGCGAGCUGCUCUCCACAGUCGAGUUCCAGGAAGAGCGUCCUUAUAUAAUUCUUGACGAUGAUGAUUCUCAAUCUGGUUGUAUCGGUCAACCAGUUCUUACCUUGGUUUGGACGUUGGAUGGAAAGAAGCUUAUUUCCGGAUUCCAAUGUGGCUGGAUCAGGAUAUUCGACACCGCCACAUGGCAGGAGAUUGCCAUCAUCAAUUUGGAUCGACACCAUGUCGGACGCGUCGCUUUAUUUCGGAACGACCGCCUCUUAGCGAGUGCAACAUGGUCAGACGUGCGCUUGUGGAAUCUCGACACCAACCUACCAGUUGGUCCACGUCUCAUGCACAGUCAUGAUCCGGACUGCAUGGCUUUUUCUGACGAUGGAAAGCUAGUCGUGGGUGCUGGCGAAUGUGUGUCCGUCUGGGACACUCAUGCCAUCGUCAAAGAAGCUGGUUUAGAAGACCUCAUGACCAUUCCAGAUUCGUUUUUAGAUUUUAGGCGGACGCUACGGGACCUCUAAUUGAGCUGGAGGAAGAGUAUCAGGGGAGAUUUUUUGACGACACUCCAGACACUAAUUAUUCUUCCGUGCCAGGUUAUCACAAUUCCUCUGCACGCCAUCGCCGCGGUGCUUUCAGACCAUCUGGUUUACGUUCACGUGUGCUCUUCUCUCGCCUUUCCUCGCUCCUCCGCCGCUCUCAACACAACA